GCGCGCCGUGCUUUCACUCAUGUCCUACCACCUCCCACCCCAGGAAAUGGGACAAGAAUGAAAGACUUCAGAAUGCAGAAAGGAUAUCUCCCCAGUGGCCGGGGCCAGCGAUUCCGAUGCAAGCCUCUUUUCCAUGUGGCGUUAGCCUUGUUUGUGAUUGUCGGGCUGCUCAAGACAUUCUCACAAUUCCAAGGGCCCCAUGAGACCCAAAUAUCCGAACCUCAACCUCAAGCCAUAAUUCGCAAGGUGACCAUGGUCUAUGGCAAUAAGACCUCGUACUACAGAGGCCUUAAAACGCACGAAGAGCAUGCUAAGAAGUUCGGGUACCCCAUGACUGUGCUGCGCAAACCCAUCCUUGGGGGUUACUGGAGCAAGCCUGCCAUUCUUUUAUCGACUUUGGUUGAGGAAUUGCAAAAGCCAGAAGCGGAACGGGUACAAUGGCUGUUUUGGGUCGAUGGUGACACGGCCGUUAUGAACCCUAAUAUUCCUCUCGAAAUCUUCCUCCCACCAGAACGGUAUACCGACACUCAUCUCCUCAUGGCGAAAGAUUGGAACGGCAUAAACAAUGGGGUUUUCUUCAUGCGCGUCAACCAAUGGGCCGUCGAGCUUCUCUCUGCCACACUCUCCUACCCAGUCGUACAUCCCGAAGUUGGCCUCUUCUGGGCAGACCAGUCCGCCAUGGAGAAUGUGAUCAACGAGAAUGAUUAUUUCUCUCGAUCCAUCGCCUUCUGCCCACUGCGAUGGUUUAAUGCCUACCCACGAAACGCCGAUGCGAUUGACCUCAACCCCGACCGACCAGUAGAAUUCCAAUUACACCAUGGGGAUUUCCUCGUCCAUUUUCCAGGAGCCCCUAAGGAUCGGUUCGACGAGAUUAUGGACCCCUACCUCACGAUAGCCGAAUCGCAUAGCCCCGACUGGGAGCUACCCCUCGAUAAGACGUCAUACUACAAGGAGAUAGCAGACUACUGGCAGGAUAAUUGAAAUCUGGAAAGGGCAGGCCCUUCCCCAAACACGUCAAAUCAAGUUACCCCCUGUAUAUAACGGUUGCAGUUUUUGAUUUCCCCGAUACGAUUGUUUCUCAGUGAGUGCAGGUACACUCAUUGACAGAAGAUUUGCUUUUGUCUGAGGCAACGAACGAUCAACGAUCUUUGUAUGAUUAUGCAUAGUCGUGACUGGUGGUGCAUCUUGUCUUUGCGCAUAGAUAUAAUCAAAGAAUACCAGAUACCCUGUGUUGCCAAUGAGCGCUGAU